AUGAGAUUCAACGCCGUCAUCGUCGCCACCAUCCUCGCCGUCACCGUCUCCGGUGCCGCUCUCCCCCAGGAGUCCGCCCCCGCCCCUGCCACCAUCGACGACACAACCGUCGAAGUUGAAGAAGCCGAGGAAGCAGACUUUGAAAAGCGCGACCCAGGCCUUCGCUACACACGCUGGAGACCCGUCGGAACCGUCUUCGGCAAGCGCGAGGCCGCUGCUGAAGCCGAAGCCAAGGUCCGCUACACCCGCUGGAGGCCCGUCGGCACCGUCUUCUCCAAACGCGAGGCAGAAGCCCACGCAGAAGCCGAAGCCCUCUUCCAGAAGCGCGAGGCUGAGGCGUCUGCUGAGCCCGGGUACACCCGCUGGAGGCCCGUUGGCACCGUCUUCGGCAAGCGCGAGGCAGAAGCCCACGCAGAAGCCGAAGCCCUCUUCGCCAAGCGCGAGGCCGAGGCGUCUGCUGAGCCUGGGUACACUCGCUGGAGGCCCGUUGGCACUGUCUUCGGUUGA